AUGUCAUCUGCAGUGCUGCCAGCUGAGUUUCGCUGCUUUCGCCAUAUUCUUCACAUAUACGCCCGUAACUUGCCAUUACACGCGACAGAGACAGAUGUUGAUGACUGCGAUGACGAUAAUGAUGGUGAUCGCAGCAAUAACCGAGAGGUGGGUGAACGUGGAAUAAAUAAUCAGCCGUUAACAUCAGGCGGUACCGGAACCAUACGGAACUCUGUCCCACGAAGUAGCUGCCAAACCACUACAAGACAUCGAUGUGUAUCAUCCUACUUUAUUUUGAGUAGACCGCCAAAUAAUAGUGGGAGUAGUACUAAUGAAAACAGCAAUAUCAGCAAUAAUGGGAACGGGAACAACAAUAAUUUAGAGGCGAGUGGGGACCCUCGUAUAUAUAUGAGUGAGGUUUGCCGUGAUACGCAGCACCCAGUGUGGAAUCACAUUCCAGAAGAAACACGACGACAGUUUCAAGGCAUCACACGAUUUGUUUUUUCCCUUUACUACUGUACUACACACCCGGAGGAGGCGUUACCAGCACCAGAGACUGAUUUUCUUCUUUACGCAAUGUUAAUCCGGACAUCUAAUGUACAAUAUGUGGCACCUUCUAUCACAAAAGCCGACUCGCUCCCUAGUCUUCCUUACCAUGUAGACAAUGGAGCCAAUUCAUUUGUAGUCUUGCUUCGCUGUACCGAUGGUGUCUUCUUUCCAAUGCAUCAAGGAGUGCAAGUAGAUGAGGGUGGGGCUGUGAUUGAUGUAACCAACAGACCGUAUCUUCAUGAUAUCAAUACUAGUAACGCCUCUUCUAACAUUAAUAACAAUUCCACCCCUACGGCCCUCAUGCUAGUAGAGGGGGUUGCAAACACAAUGCGGCAACAACAACAACAACAACAACAACAACAACAACAACAACAACAACAACAAAACAGAGGUGUCUUUGCUUCUGCAGAGAAUAUUACGGUAGGGGACCUCAAGGCAUGUACAACCGCUUCAUUAGCGUGGGUUUAUCUUUCUCAUAUAGCGACAGCACGCAGAGAAGAACAACAAAAUGUGAUGGAUGCUAUGGCAGAGGCGCAUAGAGGCGAGGCAGCCGUUGGUGCACAACACGCAAUGCUCGAAGUGCGUCUUGCCAAGGCUCGUGAGCGUUUGCAUCAACAGAGUGAAAAAAUACAUACAUUACAUGAGCGAUACAGGAAUGAACAAGAAGCUCUUAUAUCUGAGAGAUUACAAUUGGAUCAACUACAAGAAAACAUUCGUAGUGCAGAGCAAUUAAAAGAAGAUAUGGAAAAGAAAUCAGGAGAAGAAGAAGUUUUGCUUGCCGCUCGUCGUGCCGAGCUUGGUAAUGCUAGAAAGUUACGGAUAGGAGAACUAAGGGUACUUUUCCCUAUUCAGGUAGGUAUAUCAGGGAUGUCAGACACUAUCUGUGGACAUUCUUUACCAAUGAAAGGUAAAGAUACAGUUAUAAAUGGGGAAUUAAUGGAAGAGUGGUCUCUUGCAUUAGGUUAUGCCGCACAUCUCGUGAUUACUGCAGCUGCUAUUUACGGUUGUAUACUUCCUCAUCCAUUGUUAGUAUGUGGCUCACGUUCUUGUGUGUUAACAAAGCCAGGACUUUCUGCAUCUGCAGUAGGGACACCAUGUACUGGAAUAAAUGAUGUGAAGCUACCAUUAUAUUGCACAAGAGCUGCUGAUCGACCAUUAAUGUUAGCAGCAAUACAACUCUUUUUACAGGAUGUGGCGGUACUUGCGAAGGAUAUGGGAUAUCACAAUAUCGCAGCAGAUGCAAUAGAAAGUGAUACUAGCUUGGGUGUUUUAUUGAGUCAGCUGUUGCAGUCUGCUUAA